AUGUCCUCCAACGAAGUGUAUUAUUCGAUGACUGAAGUAGCUGACGUAAAUUUACUUGUUGAAGCUGGUGAGGCCGAGCUCUUUGAAAUCUAUAAGGUGAUUCAACACAACAAUGACAUAAAGGAUUGGAAGGUGCUCAAAAUCUUUCAACAUACCAUACAGAAAUUUUACUCCGAUGACUAUACACAAGCAGUAGAUAGCUUCAAGAACUCCUUCAAGAAAUUUUUAAACGACUAUAGCUCACCAGACAAACGACAAAAAUUGGCCAUAGAGAAAAUGAGAAACAAUGUUGGUGCGUUGUUAGCAUCAAAACCUGCCCAAGUUGCAUUUGAAAAGAGGAGGAGUGGUAAAGAUUCACCUAUUCAUUAUAUCGGUUGUGAUGAACUAGCCAGUGCCGUUCACGCCAGAUUCAGGUCCCAUUCCAAACACGAGCGCUUUGAUCAACGCGUGGACCGCAUCCGAGACAGAGUGCGAGAUACCCCUGACUUGCUGUUUCGUAUACAGGCAGAUGGAUCACUUACAUUUUGGGGUGUGCAGCAUCUGAAUUCAGUGCCUCGUCGAAUUCCAAGAGUGUUUGUAGUGCUGCGUGUGGACAAGGCCAUUGAUCCGUUGGAUGUUAUCUACUUCUUAAAUCCGACACACAUUUUGCAUGAUUAUUCACAUAUUCAGUCAGCAUCCACAAUCAAACCCAUCGAGUUGUCGCUGGUGGCCAGAAAUCUGCACGGACAAUUGCGCUGUUACAGUCUCAAUUUGAUUGAUUUCCUCGAUUCAACUUCAUUUUCACCCAGACUGCACUUGAAAUACACAUGGUUGGGCCAUCAGCACUCCAUCUCAAAACUGUAUCAAACACAAAAGAACCGAUUUUGCACAGUGGGUGUCGAUGGACAGAUCAAUGUGUGGAAAUAUGAGCUGAGAGAGACAUGUGGCAAAAUGACGACUCAGUUGCAACUGGACUGUUCAUUGUUUGUUGAAUCCAAGCAACUCUUGGCUGUACCUGUGGAUAAAGCAGUGUAUGAUGGACAUCACGUCAAGCUGUACGAGUUUGAUAAACAAAAUUGCCAUUUACACCAUUUCAUCACAUGCGAGACGGAAGCUGCUUUGGAUCUAUCAUCAUUACAUGUAUACAAUAGGGAGGAAGCAGAUUCAGGAGAGAAAUCAUUUUUGCUGAUAGGUGUAUCCACCACACUGAGACAAAUCAGUACCUGGCAUUUGACCCGCAACCAUCUGCAACACAUGGAUAUCGCAUUUCGAGGUACACAGACUAUGCCUUGGACAGUGGAUCCCAAUGUAGUGGGAUCAGCCAGUCAAUGGGCAACCAACACGGCUUCGAAACUAUUCCACAAAAUGGCGUUACAGAAGAAGCCUGUAUUGAUCGUAUCAUUGGGACCAGAGAUCAUUUUUUAUGGCAUCAACACCGACACAACCAACAUUGAAUGGAAUGCUUUGUUCAGCAUGGACACUUCCAGCAGUAGUCGUAUACAUCAAAUCAAGUGUGCGCCAGGCACAGUGGCAUUGGUGACUGGUCAAGAUCACAAAACCUUGUCUAUUUGGAUGGAAAUACGAUCAGGCGUAGCACCCAGGUGUGUCAAGACAUUUGAGUUUGAUGAGCCUGUGCGUGAUAUUGCUUGGAAUGUUACUUCAGAUGCUCAGUUUAUCCUAGCUAUUGCAUUUUCCAAGAGUGUCGGUAUCUUUGGGCAAAAGAGAGCAUCGAACAAUGCAAACAAUGAUGAUAUCUGGGCUUGUUAUACUACAUUCAAGGUGGAUACCCCAGAGGAUAUCACUGCGCUGGCUUGGGUUGAUUGCGGUUUAUUGACAGUGGCAGCAGGAAACCAGCUUAGAUGUUAUUUGAAAUGGCUGAUUGACGAUGAUAGGAUAUCCAAAGGUAAUGAAGUGAAUAGUCAGGUGGAGCCCAUGUCCAGUAUAUUUGACAUUUCUUAUGAAAUGAACGGCCCUUUGCCCUUUUACCAUCCAGAUCAUCUUAUUCAUUACAUCAUGUGGGGCAAAAUGGAUCUGGUACACAGUGUCUUGGUCUCUCUGUACACUUUCUUUAAACAGUUUGUCGAUGAUGAGGACAAUAGCAUCAACGAAUUUCCUCCAGUGUCCUUUUCCAAGAUGUUGAAGCUUCAAAAUGGCGAGUCCAAGAAGGGUGCCAAGCAAGAGUACAAUGGGUUAUUUGAGGACGAUGAUGACGCAGACGAUGCUGACACAAUACAAAACGAGGGCGAUGACACUGUUCGAGCAUUGACAUCAAAUGAAGCCAAGAACCUGGCUCACUACCUCAAGGUGAAAGUGUUGCCUGGAUUGAACGAAAGUGAGAGAAUUCACUUGAUUGCUAUGGUGGAUACCAUUGUUGAAAUCACCAACCAAGGCGACUCACUGGAUGAGAAUGGUGCUCGAUUUACGGCACUACUAGAAAAUCACUUUCAUCUAAACAAAUCACUGCCACCAGAACAACGACAGAUGCAAUUGGAAUCAAGGGAUUAUGUAUGGGCAUUGCACAGUCAAUCGCAGGAUCUACUGUUGGAAAGAUGUAUUCGACUCUGUGACAAUACACUGGUUUGGCAAGAUGCUCGCAAUUUGGGUCUGUUUAUAUGGCUGCAAAAGAUUGAUGUCGUGAGAGACCAAAUGGCCACCAUUGCAAGAAAUAUAUACUUGUCAAAAUCCGCUGAAGCAAGAGAUCCAGUAGACUGCACACUGUACUACCUGGCACUACCCAUGAAAAAGUUCCUGGCAAAUGAUUUCACGGAUCCACAAUGGCAGAGAGCAGCGUCAAAGAAUGCGUUUGCACUAUUGGGAAAGCAACGAUUUGAAUACGCCGCUGCCUUCUUUUUGUUGGCAGACAAACUGAAGGAUGCCGUCAAUGUCAUCCUUAAAAACGUCAAAGACUUUCAUCUUGCCAUCGCCAUCUGUCGUGUGUAUGAAGGAGAUCAUAGCCCUCUGUUACGAGACAUCCUAGAGAAUUCCGUGAUCCCCAUGGCGAUAGAAAACAACGAUCGCUGGCUGGUCAGUAUGACUUACUGGUUGCUAAACAGACACAAGGAUGCAGUGCGUGCCAUGGUAGUGCCAUUGACCCAGUUCACUGACAAGGACAUGGAUACAACAGGCGCAGAUUCGGCAGCAGUAGUGCAUGAUCCUAAUGCCUUUAUUCUGUACCACCAUCUGAAAAAGAAUCUGACGCAGGAUCAAAAAUCCAUUGUGCCUUACGAUAUUGAAUAUGGAUUCUCUCUGCUUGUAUCGCGAUCGUAUGAACGGUUAGGCUGUCCCUUGCUGGCACUGUACAUUUUGACCAAGUAUUACAUGAAGCCACCCUCUGCCGCUGUAGAACCACCUCCAAAAGAGGCUCGAUUAGACAAAGCUGAAGAUUUGUUUGGUUCCGAUGACACCACAGCACCAGCUUACGCCACAGAUUUGUUUGCUGAUGAUACGAAAGCCACACAAAAAUUUGCUCGUGCUUCUGAUCUGUUUGCUGAUGAUGACGAUGACUUGUUUGCAGACCCCAAAAAGCCAUCCUAUGCCAGUAAUCUGUUUGAUGACGAUGACAACGACAUAUUCGCUACCAAGAAGCCAGCGUCGUCUUCCAAAGGCUUAUUUGAUGAUGAUGAGGAGGGUGACAUAUUUGCAAGCACAAACACCCCCGCAACUGCACUAUCUGAUGCUGAAGAGGAACAAGACACCCUGGAUCCUUCAGAAAGAGAAUACGAUGGUUUGGAUAGUUUUAAAGCCUUGCUUGUGAUUCGUUUGCUUCAGACCUUCUUCCAUGCUGCAUCUGCGCUGUACAACGGCUUACAACAGCCUGACGACGCUUACGUAAGCGUCUAUCGCUCCCACUUUGUUCGAAAUCGUCAAGCACUACUGGAUUUAGGUGAAUCUGUCAAGAUUCCGCCUGACAUCUUUUCUCGCUUGCUGAUGGAAAAGAGUAUCAAAACAGACGUAUUCCCUCUUUACUUGUAUAUUCUGAACGAAGGCAUUCCCAAGGACUUUGAUGUCCAUUAA